AUGAAGCCUGCUUCCUCCUGGCACAGAAGGUCUGUCAUGACGCCAUCUUCAUCUCAUUCCUCUGGGCGCACCCGUCUCUCCCUGCACCCGGAGACCAGGUCGGUGGAGACAUCGACCCCGAGACCUGCCCUUGCAGCUCAGGAAGCUGCCCUAGCGUCCGCGGCGCGACACGAGGCCCGGCCGCUCCAUCGUCGCCUCGCUGUGUGCGUGUUGCUGCCCCAGCUGCAUUCAGGCUAUUUUCUUUGCGGCAUCCAGGGAAAUGCAGACCUCCCACCUGUGUGGGAGCCUUACAGCGUUCAGGGUGCCCGCCCGCCUCCUGGCCAUCGCUCCUUAACCAGGAAGACAGCACUGACAGGUGACACCUCUCCCAUCCCUGGCUCCACCCCUACAGAGCUGUCACCUCCCGUCUGGGACGUCUCCGAAGAGCAGGUUGUGGGAGAGGCACACAGCACAGAACUGCAGUCUCCACAGGGAUCCGGCCGACUGGGCCAAAGAAGGAAAAAGAGCCGAGAACUGGGAGCCCCCAUCAACGGUGCCCAGGCCCCGCACCACCAGCUCGCAGCCACGAUGCCCGUCUUCCCUGUGUCUCAGGAGCUACAGGUCGGGAGCCAGCGGCCCCUGUGA